AUGGAUGAGUUUAAUAGAACAUUUAAGAACACAGUUAAUGAUAUGCUUAUUGAUCAAAUGACAAAUUUAGAAAGUUCUAAACUUAGAUUUCUUGUUGUUGCAUUACUUCAUCCAUUAGAAACAGAGAGUGACAUUGAUUUUUGGAAGACAAUAAUUAAAUACAUCACUCGUUCAAAUGCAAAUGAAACACUCAAACAAUGGUUCAAGAAUUUUGAUCAAGAUAUUUUGCAAAGAAUUGUUAAUAGUUUGCUCAAGUUUUUUGAUGAACCAAAAGCAAAUAAACUCUAUACAUUCAAUCAAGAUGUUGCAAGAGUUUUAUCGAUAAUUUACUUCGCAAACAAGGAAAGAAAAAGUCAAAUUCUUCCAGUAUCUUCUUUCAUCCAUAAAAAUUUCAGCAAUAGUUUAAAUCCUAUUCAAGACUUAAAGAACACUUCAAGUUAUAUUGAGAAUUUUAGUUGGUUCUUUGAUAUCGAGCAGAAAACAAAGUUCCUCGAUCUAAAAAUUGAGGAUUUUGUCAAUCAUCUUCCUAAUGAUACCAAAGACAGACAAACUUUUGAAAUUGAAGUCAAUCCAAAAGAAGAUAAUGUUCUUGAAAAAUUUAAAAUGAAAUUGACUCAAAAAUCUGAUUUUGUAAUAUUUUUACCGAUUGUUAUAAGAGAUGGCUCUGGUAUUCUUGAUGGGGGAGAUUUACGCAAUGAAUUCUUUAGUUAUAUUGAAAAGGAAUUGAUAUCAGGAGAUAACCCAAUCCUCAAGAAAUGUUCAAACAAUUAUUAUUGGUUCAAUGAAGAUUUCAACGAUAUUGAAAUGCUGAAAAUCAUCGGCACUAUAUUUGGAUGCAUGAUUAUCAAUCAUUGGCAUCUGGGUUAUUCAUUUCCUUUAUUCUUUUACGAGAAACUAUUAUAUGAUGACCCACCAGAGAUAGUGGUUAUGCCUGAUGACAAAUCUUCAGAUGAUGGAAUUAUCAAAUCAUCAUUAGAGCAUGCAGAUUCUGAAGAAGAUAUAAAUCGCCAUAAUGAAAAUUCUGAGUCCUCUGAUUGUACAGAAUUCACCAACGAUGAAGAUAAUAGUUCAUCAUCAGAAAAGAAUGGAUCCGAAGGAGAAAUUAGUGAAAGUGAAAAAAUGAGUGAAAAAGGAAAAAUGCAACUUGAUGCAUUUAUUACAGGAUUUAGAAAGAUUCGAGAAAAUUGCAUUUUAGAAUGUUUCGAUCCAAAAGAACUCAAACAAUUAAUGGAAAGUAGCAAAGUAGAAAAGAAUGAAAAAUACAAUUUUUGA